UUUAUGUUUCAUUAGAAAAUUUCUAAUUGUUGCUUCAGCAGCCAAUGAUGUGUCGUCCAAAUUAGUGAGGUGUUGUUAGUCCAAGACCCUGUUUCAGGGAGAACCUCCUUGGGCUACUACAUUCAAAUGACAUUAUUGGACUUUUCUGAGUGAAGUGGGAGGAAAGAUGCUUUUCUUCUCCUACUUCAAGGAACUUGUUGGGAAGGAGGUGACAGUGGAGCUGAAGAAUGACUUGGCAAUCAAAGGCAUUCUUCAUUCAGUCGAUCAAUAUCUGAACAUAAAAUUAGAAAAUACGAGGGUUGUAGACCAAGAAAAGUACCCCCAUAUGCUCUCUGUUAGAAAUUGUUUCAUCAGAGGUUCUGUAGUUAGAUAUGUCCAGCUCCCCCCUGAUGGAGUCGACAUUGAUAUUCUGCAUGAUGCCACCAGGAGGGAGGCUCGAGGAGCUUAAAGCUAAUGGAGCUUGUUUUUAUACUUUUUGUUUUGAGGUAUUUCUGUAACAAAAUUUUAGAUUAGUCACUUUUAUCUGUA